AACACUGAACUGUAACUUCCGCUAACUUAGGAGAGCCUUUUUUCUGACCAAUAACAAAGCCACUUUAUUUGGUGGCAAGCACAAACACUACGCAUGCGCAAAUGAAGUAUUGCUGUCGAAGCGAAGGAAGCUAAACAGUAAAGCUCCCUGUACACAAAAUGGAGCCCCAGCAAGAUGUGCAACCACCGAGGCAGCAGCCUAUGUUUUAUAUUUGUGGAGAGUGCCACACUGAAAACGAAAUCAAAGCCCGUGAUCCAAUCCGGUGCCGAGACUGCGGCUACAGGAUCAUGUACAAGAAGCGGACAAAUAGAUUGGUUGUUUUUGAUGCUCGGUGAAGUGGGUUUGAUUUUUUUCCUCAUGCAGUUUUUUUUUUCCCCCUCAUGCUAGUGUCUGACCAUGUGAAUAAAUGUGGUGACUCUUUGAUUGCCCUAAGUUAAUCUGCA